AAUUCAUUUUGUCCAAACUAUCGAUUUGUAAAAUUUCAAUUUUAUCAAAGUAAGCGUCUAAGAGAUAAAGAUUGGUGGACGCAAAUAAAACCCACCCUGUGACUCGAGAGAUAUUUACCAUUCAUUGUUGGACUGACAAAACUAAGAUGGCGGUCUACACUUUUUGGUUGAGCAGUAUUUUAUCCUCCAUAUUAAUUGGUGCCGCAGACAGUUAUUGUUAUUACUACUAUUCCUACAGCUACAGUUACUAUUACUGUUACUAUGACGAUAUAUCUGUUGGAACAAUAAUCGGAGCCGUGGUCGGAGGAAUUGUCGGAUUCAUCCUGCUGUGUGUCUUAAUUGCUGUUCUCUGUAUUUGCGUAUGCAAAAAGAAAACAUCAGGAACAGUUAUCCAACCCGGGACUGUCAGUUCCACAGUGACGUCCUCAGCAGUAUACAAUUCCUAUCCAAAUUAUCCCCAGCAACAAGGAUGGGGCGCACAACAUGUACAGCCUAGUGCCCCAAGCUAUCCUGGAUAUGGACAACAGCAGUAUCCACCCCAAGUAUCCCAACCAAUGCCCCCGCCGACCUAUGCUGAGAACGUGGUAACGGAACAACCUCCACAGAAUACCAACUAAUUUCAUUGUAAUGGUUUUCUCCUAAACACGUGAACUUCUCGUAGCUUUCAGAGGACGUAAGGGAUGAAAUUACUGAUGCUACUGUACAUGAAAUAUUUAAUAGUGUGAGUCUAUAUUUAUUGAUAAUUUUCUUAUGUUUGAUGAUUCUGUGUUUAAUUGAAGUUUCCGUCCUAAAGUAGAUGUGAUAUUAUGCUUAAAUUUAUGGUUAUUUCCAUUAAAAAUCUGUUUAUAAACUUU